GCUCGUUCAGUUCAAAUUCUCAACUUUAAUGAAACGUAUCAAAAAGAAAAGAACAAAUUUAAGAAAAUGAGCUAUGGCUGCUUUCUAUGGCUUAAAUCUGAAGCCAUACUGUAAGUAUGUGCAAGUGGUAUCAAAGGCAUUUCACAUUUCGACCGUUGCACUGGACGAGGGGGAUUUUGUCAAGUUUUAUUUAACAAUCCACAAUCGGAAGUUUGCGGUGGCGACUCUGAGCAAGUCCAUUCCGCAAGCGGUGUUAGACUUGAACUUUAGCCGCGGCGAUGAAUUAAUUUUUGAAUCGAUUGGCAAUGGUACGAUGUCCAUACUUGGCUACGUGCAUGACGGCCAUGACUCGGAUGACGACUCAUUAUAUGGCGAAGCAGGUCCAGAUCAUACGGACACUUCUGUGACAGCACGCAACUGGUAUGCCAGUGGAGAAGACUACUCUCGUGACGAUACCGACAACGGUAUGGACAUGGACCACGAUGAACGAACCUCAAAUGGUGGGCAGUACCUUAACCAUGGGCACCCCCACAACGAAUGGCCGACCGACAACCUUGUGCAAUCCGACGAAGAUGUGGAUUCUGUCACCACUAGGCAGUCGACAGCCGAUAGGCAGACUGACACCGAUAGGAGAUCUUGCCAAGAUGACCCGUUGAACACCGACAACGGUGCGCUGUCCGACAACCUUGGGAGGUCAAACCGCGGUUGCCAACCGCACAACCAUGGACAGUCCGACAGCGAUAGGACUUCUUAUACGGAUAGUCAUUCGGACCCCGAUAGAAAGUCUAUCUCCCAUGGGAAGUCUGGUACCGAAAGGGAGCCUGACAGCAAAGGCUGGUCGAAUACUGAUAGGAACACUCACACUGGUCAAUCCGAAACUGAUGGUUAUUCCGACACCGAUGGGACAUCUUCCACAGGUAGUCACUCGGACCCCGAUAAGAAGUCCGUCAACUAUGUGAAGUCAGAGAACCUUAGAAUUUCUGACAACAAUGGAUUACCCGCAAACCUUAGGUCAAAAAGUAAUGGCCAAUCGGACAAUCCUGAGCAUUCCGACACCGAUGAGCAGUCUGGCAGCGAUAGGACAUCUUACACCGAAAGCCAUUCAGAUUCAGAUACGAAGUCUACCGCUCAUGAGCAGUCUGCAACGAAUGUACAGGAUCUGAAGUCGGAAAACCACGCGACCACACAAUCAGAACAGUCUGACAACGAUGGAGACUCUGAAACCGAUAGGACAUCAUACACUGAUAGUCACUCGGACACGGAUAGGAAGUCUAUUACUUAUUGGCAGUCUAGCACCGAUGCUCACUCUAACGCCGGUAAGAAGUCGAUAACAGAUGGCCACGCUGACAGCGAUGGUAGGUCUGACAGCGAUGGGAACUCUGACACUGCUGGAAAAUCUAUCACUGAUGGCCAGUCUGAAACUGUUGCGCCGGCUGACAAGGAUGUAAGGUCGGAUAACAAUAUGCCAUCCGACAAGCUAAGGAUAUCAAACAGCGUUGACCAAUCAGACAAUUACUUGCAGGCUGACAACGAUAGGGAGUCUGACGGCGAUAGGACGUCUUACACGGAUAGUCACUCGGAUACCGAUACGAAGUCGAUCACUCAUGGUCUGAAAAUCGAAAAAAUCGAUGGAAAGUCAAUCCCAGCUGGCCACUCUGACACCGAUAGUAGGUCUGACAGCGAUGGACAGUCCGACACGGAUAGCAAGUCUUACACCGAUAGUAACUCUGACAUCGAUAGAAGGUCUACCGCCGAUCGCCAAUCUGACACCGAUAAGAGAUUUGACACCGAUGUGCAGGCAGCGGACAACGAUCUGAAGGCAGAAAGCCUUGGGAAGUCCAACCACGAAGUGAAGUCUGACAACCUUUGGAACUCAGACAAAGAUGGACAGUCCGAGAAAACGAAGCACUACAACAAUGAAGAAUAUAACGGAGGACAACAUAACGCUACAGAGCACAACAAUGCACAGAACUACUAUAUACCUCAGGUCCAUUACGGCGAGCAAACCGGCUACGGUGGACAGAGCGACAACGCUAGACAGUACCAUGCUGCACAGUACGAUAUAACGUAUAACGACGGACCCUAUAACAGUGGGCCUUAUAACAGUGGACCGUAUAACGGCGAAGAGUUGAUAUAUGAGCCGUAUUUCGGUGAACCGUAUACCGGUGAGCAGUAUAACGUUGGACAGUAUGACGAUGAACAUAGUAAAGGUGGACCGUAUAACGGUGGACGGUAUGAGGGUGGACACAGCGACUACAGUGGAGAUAGUGACUCCAGUGCACAAAGCGAUUCUGAUGGACAGAUCCAAUUAGGCAGACAGAGUGAACAAGGCGACAAUGGUAGACAGUGCAAUAAUGGACACGGAGUCACCGAUGGAGAGCAUAAGGUCGCAGAACAAUAUGACUACAGUAAACAGAUUGUAUGCAAUGGGCAAAAGGAUAACGAUAGACAGUUUGACCAUGAUGGACAAAGCGACGACGACGCUAAAGACAGCGACUACAGUGACCAGAUCGACUACGGUAGUCGGCUCGACUACGGUGGACAAUACAAUUAUUGUGGCCAGUACGAUUACGGUGGACAGGUUGCCUACGGUGGAAGGAACGCCGAGAAUACUUCUGAUAUUCAGUGGUACCCUGCCACUGAAUCUGAAGUAGUGCGGUUCGCCGCACGAGAGCAGAAGGACGACAGCGUCGCCAGCGAAAACAGGACUGAUGAAAGCGAAGCGAAAGAGAUAUCUAACGCUGAUGAAGAUUAUUCGCCACCACCGCCAAAAAGAGCCAAGGCACCAACACCGACCGCUACAAAGGAGACGUUGCUGCUACCCAUAGAUACGGUUAGAACGGAAUUGUGUGAUGAGCUGCCCGAAUAAUGGACAGCUUGCCAUAUGUCCAUAUGAUCGUAGAAGGAUCUGUAAAGGAAAAUUAAGCUAAGAAUUGCAAUUGUGUUUUAGCCACAAGAAUCUGGAUGCCCUGCAAUAGCAUCUGUGAUGGAUCUCUCAGAUAUAAAUAAUAUACGUUUAUCAUAUUAUAUAUUAAAUUAUUAUACACUUAAUGUUAUUUACGUGCGUGCUGCCCCAAAUCCCACUUAGACCUCAUGGACUGUGUGCGAUGGGCCUGAAUGUGCAAUUUGUUUUUCAAAUUUGUUCGCAUUUAAAUGCAAAUUCAGUUAGUUUUGUUAUUAAGUAUAUAAAAAUGGUAUAUUUUUUAUGUGCAUUUAAAUAUAUGCACUCUGGCAAGCGGCCAGAGACACUAAGUUUGUGUCUAAAAAAAAA